GUUUUUUCGGUGAUCGAUUCAAUUGACUCGACUCCUCGGAUUCAAUCCACAAUCCGGCGACCAAGGAGAAUCUUUGCGCGUGCGGGAGAAGAAGAACGCCGAGAAAUCGAAUCUCGCGACUUUUCGAAGCUUAUCCCUCAUUAAGCACUUGACUUUACUACUGCUUGUGUGUGGUGUGGGGCUUAGGAUGGAUCUGGAAACUGAAAACCGAAUAGCUUCGGUUCUGUUAAGAGAAGCAGCAGAGUUGAGGAGACAAGCUGAAAAAGAUGGUGUCCGAGCUUAUCUUGAGAAGCCUAACGUAAGGCAUCGACCUAACUCAAGGUUUCUAACCGCAACUGUCCUCGGUGUUCAGCAAUCAAACAGAGCGGUAGAGACCAAUGAGAUGUGGAAGGCUCGGGAGAAAGAGAUUGAGCUAGAAAACGAGAGACUCGGAAGAAAAUCAAGAGAGGAAAGCAGCAGCAGUAGCCGAAUGAAGAAGGGGAGUGGUAGUUUCUCGAGAAGGAGUUUGGAUAAGAGAUGUAGUAGUUCAGGUGAUGAGAAAAAGGUCACUCAUCAUCCAUCAUCGUCAGACAAGAAGAGAUUGUACUUGGAUGAUGAUGAUGACGAAGGUUUAGGAGAUGAUGAGAUUGAGUCUUUUCUCCAAUCACGGAACAAACGUGGCAGAGGCUCUAUCGGUCCUAGGAUGGAUGAAACUGGACCUUAUCUUCCCGCCGAGAAGGUUGAUAAGUUGCAAAGUUGUGAUACAGGGGAAAGGAAGGUAGUCUUGGGUCCAGAGAGACCACCUUCACUGAGACAACAUUCAGAUGACAAGGCGUGUGGUCGGAGAAAGAGUAAGAAGCUUAGUAAGAAAGACAAGAAAACAGAGAAGAAGAGAACACGUGACAAACACUAGACGUUUCACUGAGACAACAACAUUCAGAUGACAAGGCGUGUGGUCGGAGACGAUUCUGUUGACACUUCUUUCUCCAGCUUUACUUCCGAACAUGUUGUGGAUUAUAUACGAUUUGCAACUCCUUAAUCUCGCUGUGAACUACUGACAGUAACAAUAGUCCAAUCUGUAGCUUGACUCAAACUCUCUGCCAAGAUAAAGUAUUGAUUAAUGAUCCUUCAAUGCCAUUAACAAA